UGUAUAAUAGUGCGUCAGUCGUUCACCUCUUCUGUCUGGUGCUUUAGUGUAAUGAAAAUAAAAUGCAAAUGGGAACUAAAACCUGCGUUCUGCUCUUGUGGAUACAGACACUAAGCUUCGUGAAAUGUCAGAGUGCUUCAGGUUGUUGGAAUCCACCGAAUCUUGCAGACGGAGACCUCAAGGAAAGCAUGAAGCCUGAGUAUGACCACAAUGAAAGCGUUGAAUACAUAUGUCAGAGACAUCAUAUCAUGGAGGGGACGGGACGAAGAACCUGUGUGAACGGUGCAUGGACUGGAGAGAUAAAGUGCCUGAAGCCCUGCACGGUGAAUCAGAGAGACAUGGACGAACGUAAUAUUAGGUUUGCACGUGGAAGAGGUACAAAGAUGUACGCAGAACCUCAGGACCACAUUACAUUUGCUUGUAAACGUGCUGGACAAGUCAGCUCAGUACCACUUCGGCAGCAGUGUGUCGAUGGUGUCAUGGAGCUGCCCACAUGCAAAGAUCAAUACUAUGUUGGUCAAUGCGAAAGACUCCAAGAUGAAAAGCUGACAGUAAAUUUGUCAAUGGAUAAGGACUCGUAUAAAAAUGGGGAAGUCAUUGAGUAUGUGUGUAAUGCACAUGAUGCCGGUGAUAAAAAUACUGCAACAUGUGUUGAUGGCAAGUGGAAUACAACAGUAGAAUGUCCAGGUCCUUCAGGUUGUCAGAAACCACCGAAUCUCGCAGACGGAGAUGUCAAGGAAAGCAUGAAGCCUGAGUAUGACCACAAUGAAAGUGUUGAAUACAUGUGUCAGAGACUUUAUAUCAUGGAGGGGACGGGACAAAGAACCUGUGUGAACGGUGCAUGGACUGGAGAGAUAAAGUGCCUAAAGCCCUGUACGGUGAAUCAGGGAGACAUGGACGAACGUAAUAUUAAGUUUGUAUAUGGGGGACGUACAAAGAUGUACGCAGAACAUGAGGACCACAUUACAUUUGCUUGUAAACGUGCUGGACAAGUCAGCUCACUACCACUUCGCCAGCAGUGUGUUGAUGGUGUGAUGGAGCUGCCCACCUGCAAAGAUCAAUACUGAAGUAAAAUGGGUAAAAUUAAACAACACAGUGCACAAACAGGCAAAUGAUUAAAAGGAGUAAAGUGUUAUGAUCCACUUCUGUGUGACUAUUUAAAUAUAUUCCGUCAACUCUCUCUACCUGUUAAUAAUUAACUUUAUGUAAGAUGUUAUUCGACAAAAAAAAAAAAUUAUGGAGAGAAUUUGUGUCAGAUGAUUCUUUUCUUUUUAAGUUAUAAUGUCUUGGAAAUCCAGUUGGAAUUAAACAGUGUUAAAAUGAUGUAUUAAUCAAUGUAAAAAUCUAUGAAUUAAAAAAUCAAUGUAU